GUUUCACCCGCUCUGCUCGGCCUCGCACCGAAAUCUUCUCCUCUUAUAUACUUUCCAUUAUUUCAAUCUUUUUAGUAGUUAAGGUGGCUGGAGGGACGAAAAAGCCCAGUGGAGAGAUGGAAAAGGGUAAUGCUAAUGUAGGCUGUGACUUAAGAAAGCAGGAGGAGGUUAUGGAAGUGACUGGAUUGGGACUUUCCAACAAGAAAGAUGAGAACUUUGGAGAGUGGUACUCUGAGGUAGUUUUGAAGGGGGAAUUGAUUGAGUACCAUCCUAUUUCUGGCUGUUAUGUUCUGAGGCCUUGGACAAUGUCAAUCUGGAAUGCCAUGAAAAAAUUUUUUGAUGCUGAGAUCGAGAAAUUGGGGAUCGUGGACGCAAAGUUUCCUCUUUUUGUAAAUUCUGAUGAUUUGCGAAGGGAGAAGGAUCACAUAGAUGGUUUUGCACCAGAGGUUGCUUGGGUGACUAAAACUGGGAAAUCUGAUUUGGAAGUGCCAAUAGCCAUUCGCCCAACUAGUGAGACUGUAAUGUAUCCGUACUUUUCAAAGUGGGUCAGAGAACACCAUGACCUUCCUUUGAAACUUAACCAGUGGUGUAAUGUUGUUCGGUGGGAGUUUAGCAAUCCUACUCCAUUUAUCAGGAGCCGUGAAUUUGAUUGGCAGGAAGGGCAUACUGCUUUUGCAACAAAGGAAGAAGCAGAUGCAGAUGUUGAAGAAAUAUUGGAAUUAUAUAGACGGAUAUAUGAAGAAUACUUGGCUGUUCCUGUUAUAAAGGGCAAGAAGAGUGAGUUGGAAAAGUUUUCUGGUGGACUUUACACAACAACUGUCGAGGCUUUUAUUCCUAAUACUGGUCGUGGCAUACAAGGUGCAACUUCACAUUCUCUAGGUCAAAAUUUUGCAAAAGUGUUCAAUAUAAACUUCCAGAAUGAGAAAGGAGAGAAGGCUAUGGUCUGGCAGAACUCUUGGGCCUUUAGCACUCGAACGAUUGGGGUCAUGGUGAUGGUUCAUGGGGAUGAUAAAGGCUUGGUUCUGCCACCUAAAGUUGCUUCUGCCCAAGUUAUUGUUGUUCCUGUGCCAUACAAGGAUGCUGAUAGUCGAGAAAUUUUUCACGCCUGCACCAGUACUGUGAAUACCUUGAAGAAAGCAGGCAUUCGUGUUUUGGCAGAUUUUAGGGACUACUCUCCUGGUUGGAAGUACUCACAUUGGGAAAUGAAAGGUGUUCCUCUAAGGAUUGAAAUUGGGCCAAAAGACUUGAGAAAUGGUCAGGUACGUGUUGUUUGUCGUGACAACUCAGCAAAAAUAGAUGUACCUGUGGCAAACUUGGUUGAACAAGUAAAUCAACUGCUAGCCACUAUUCAACAAAGGCUAUUUGAGGUGGCGAAACAAAAACGAGAUGCUUGCACUCAGAUUGUUACGACAUGGGAUGAAUUUAUUGAAGCACUUGGCCAAAGGAAAUUGAUCUUAGCUCCUUGGUGUGAUGAGAAGGAAGUGGAGAAGGUGGUGAAAGCAAGGACUAGGAAUGAGAUGGGAGCAUGUAAAACUCUCUGUUCGCCAUUUGAACAGCCAAAACUUCCUGAAGGUACAUUGUGCUUUGCUUCCGGCAAGAUUGCAAAGAAAUGGACAUACUGGGGCCGGAGAUGCUAAAACCUUUAGAAGCAUGCUACAACUGCAGCAUCACUAGAAAUUUGGUGUUCUUUUCCCCCUUUUACAUGACCUGUCAUCAAAAAUGGGUUUCUAGCAAUAUAUGAUAGCAUUUUCUUCUUCUUCUUUUUAAAUAAAAGUUGUAAACAACUAUGUUAUGCUUGCCCUCUUACUGAAGCUACUUUGUAUGCAACAAGUGGCUGACGCUAUUUGGGAAUUUCAGUCUUAAGUAAUUAGAAGGUAUUUGAAAGAAGUGGAGUAAUUAAACUCUUAACC